AUGUCGGAACCUCUCCCCAUACCGGUAAAGCCCGGACAAGGUUCAGAGACUGGCAUGCUGUCACCAGAACCAGAAUUGGCUCGCGACACAGGCUCUCCAACGGACUCUUCGCCGCCAGAAGAAAUGAAGACGCCUAUCUUGUCUGCGUCGACUCCUGGCAGUCCACGAAUGUCCCGAAACCCCUCGUUCUCCGGAAGUAGUUCUUAUCAGGAGGACUGGGAGGGCUUUCCGCCGCUGGACAAACUUACGGUCUUCGACCUGCUGGAAAACUUUGCCCUCCCCGAACGAUUAGAGAAGAUACAGCGGAACAUAUCUGCGCAGACUGAGAAAGUACGCAGGCAGCGAGAUGUGUUGAAGACUCGCGGCAGUCAUGCAAAAGAGCGUGUGGUUGAGGAAUGGCGGAGACGAGUCCCGACAGCAGAUGAGCAGUUGGAUCGAUACAGGAAGCGUAUGCGUGAUAAUGUCGAUCGACUCGGGAGACGGUGGAAUGAUACAAAGGCUGUAACAGCCCGAGAGAAGGUCGCUUUUAUAUGCGGAGUCCUUAAUGUUCUGAUCAGUGGAUACCUCAUCGGCGGCUACCCCGAGCUCUUCCACUACUGGUACACAGCGCAACUCCUCUAUUUCAUGCCCAUCCGCUACUAUACCUACCACAAAAUAGGCUACCAUUACUUCCUGGCCGACCUCUGCUACUUCGUCAACUUUCUUUGCAUGUGCACCAUUUGGUUCUUCCCGAACUCCAAGCGCCUCUUUAUAAGCACCUACUGCCUAGCCUUCGGCAACAACGCCAUCGCCAUCGCCAUGUGGAGAAACAGCAUGGUCUUCCACAGCUUCGACAAAGUAACUAGUCUCUUCAUCCACAUCAUGCCCUGUGUAACACUUCAUUGCCUCGUCCAUCUCAUCAGCCCGGAGCACCAAGAACAGCGCUUCAACGCAAUCUACACCAUCAAGACCUCUCUCCCCGGCUCCAAAACCCACUACUCCCUCUUCGAUAUGACCCUUUGGUCCACCAUCCCCUACCUUGUCUGGCAACUCUCCUACCACUUCUUGAUCACUAUCCGACGCCGCGAGAAGAUCGCCGCCGGCCGUCCAACAUCCUUCACCUGGCUGCGGAAAUCCUACUCCAAGGCCUGGAUCGGGAAAAUCGUGCUCUCCCUGCCCGAAGCGCUGCAAGAGCCCGCUUUUAUGCUGAUCCAAUACUCGUACGCAGUGGCCACGAUGCUGCCAUGCCCGCUGUGGUUCUGGUACCGACACGCGUCGGCGAGCUUCCUGAUGGCAGUGUUCUGCUGGUCGGUGUACAAUGGCGCGACAUACUACAUCGAUGUUUUCGGCAAGCGCUUCCAGAACGAGCUGGAGGCCAUGAAGAAGGAGGUGUCAAAGUGGCAGAACAGCCCGGACAUGACGCCUAGGGCCGAAGGAGGUGCGGAGCUGGGCCCGGAGCUGGGGAGCGAUGGGGAUGGCCAGAGCAAUGAGAGACCGCGCAGCGUAGAUAAUAUCCCCUUGCUGAAGGACGGGGGCAGUACGGGCAUGGACAUGGAUGGCGGAGCGAAGGACGUGGCAAGGGAGAGGAAAGUCGGGGAUGUGCCGCAGUGA